AUGCUGCACCAAGCCCAGGAAGAACACAGUUCAAUUUUUACUCGGGUUCUGGACGAAUACUUUUCCCACAUCCAGCCAUGGUUACCGGUUGUCAUGGAGCGGCCGUUUAUGGAAAGUCUUGAGAAGCUAGGCCAUCAACCUCGUGCAGAGACUGCCCUGCUUGCUCUCGCCAUACUCCUUGUCGUGCAGGGAGGCUUACCUGAUAGAGCUACAAAUCCAUCACAUCGAAAUUACACCCUGUGCAAGGAACUUUACGCCGUCCUUCAGCUAAGGCGCGCGCCUUCGUUACAACUGGUCCAGAGUGGUCUUCUAGUAGCCUUAUAUGAGACUGGGCAAUCAUCCCCUGGAGCGGCCUCAUUGACUAUCGCAAGCUGUGCGAGGUUAGGCUACUUAAUGAAACUCAAUAUAGAUGAUGGGAGUAACCACGAAGAUUACCUGUCCUGGGAAGCUGCUGAGGAACGAAGACGGGUGUGGACUGGGAUCUAUAUGCUGGACCGCGUCAUAUACCAGGUAGUAACCGAAUUCAAAGCGCCUCAUGUAUCAGAAGACUUGGCGGAUCACUUCCGACUGCCUGUAGGUGAUGCAUGUUUGAGAACAGACAAAAGUGAAGCAACCCAGGCUCCCUCCCACCAGCCGAUGUCCGUGCCAGUCGAUGUUCCCCUUUGCUACUAUGCCCGGGAGAUCCAGGCCGUCCGUCUUCUCGGUGAAGUACAGCUACUACAAAGACACGUCGACGUCAAUUCGCUGCCGGAGAAAUUCCAAUCUUUGGAUCACCGACUAAUGCAGUUCGCGGAAAGGUUGUUUGAGCAGACGCCUCAGGGGUGGGCAACCUUAUGCGGAGCUAAUGCGAUCACCUUAACGGCUGCGCUGACCCUUCAUCGAAUUCGAAUUGAUUGUGCGGAGAAGUUCCAAACCUUUGGGACAUCUGAUGAUGCAAAAGCGUCGCUCCUCGCCUUGACGUCGUUUAUUAACAUGGUCCGCGAUAUAUGCAAUAAGUUUAAUAUGCUUAGUGCACCGGAGAAAAUUCCAUCUGCACCGCUGCCUGCUGUUAUGUGCACGGGGGAAGCUGUCCUUGCUGGGAUUAGGAUGAAAGAACUACUCGGGGAGCAGUUUCAGCUAGACUAUGAGCCAUUCCGACUGACACUGCUUUACGCGAGGAAAUCGUGGAAAUUGGCUGAUCAAUAUCUGCAGCGAGUGGGAUAA